AUGUUUUCCACAAAAUUUGGUGUGGUUGGUGAUAGGAGCUAUUUCAUACAGGUGGGUUUGAGUCUGAGGAGGAUAGAAGGGGAUGAUGAUGUUAGGAUUUGGGAAAAGUCCCACUUAUCUGAAAGGGAGUUUAAUGUAUUUGUGGAAGUUUUCAACACUUUUGAACCUUCUAGUUUGUCUGUUGAAGGUAGUUGGGUGGAUCUAGAUGAGAGUGACAGUGAUAAUGAGAGUGGGAGUAAGAGUGGGUCUGAGAGUGGGGGUGAUAGUGGGUCUGAGAGUGAGAGUGAGGAUAAUGUUGUUGGUGUAGAGGGUGUUACUCAAGAGGAUAAUAUUGUUGGGGUUGGUAGUGGGAUUAGGAGUCAGAAUGAUGUAAGUGAAACUAAUCUUGAUGGCGAGGAUAAUCUUGUUGGGGUUAACAGAGGAAAAGGUGUUCAUUUGAGUGAUGCUGAGAAUUCUGAGGUGAUUAUGACAUGA